AUGGGUACGUUUGUGACCCUGGCAGAGGUGCUGGAGGCCCGGGGUUCACCACUGGAUGAGGAUGAGGUCUGGUGUCUGCUGCUCGCCACCACUGAGGCCUUACUGGGCAUAUCCAAAAAAGGUUCAGGUAACAUGUACAGUGUGCUGAGCCCAUGCUCGGUGCUACUGUCAGCCAAUGGGAGUCUAGCCUUUAAGACCUGUGCCCGAUAUGAAGAUGUGGCCUCCUUCACGGCUCCUGAGGUCCAGCAGGGCCAUGCAAACUCCACCAGGGCUGCAGCCGAAAAGAUGCUUGUGUACUCCUUGGGGAUGACUCUUUACUGGUGUGUUGACUAUCAGCUAUCUCAAAACCAGCCAGUCCAGCUAAGCACAGAGCUGGAGGGUUUGCUGCUAAGCAUGUGUGAGGAACUGGUGGUGAGGCGGACCGACCUGCUGACAGUCCUGGAGACCUGUGAGCUGCACCACAAGACCAUGAUGCUGCCUCCAGCGGAGCGACUCAUCAGGCAGCUGGUGGAGGACAUCUACAGAAACUCAGUCGAUCAUGUGUCCAUGGCAGAAAAUGGAUCCCAUUUGACAGAUCGCAGUCAGAUGGUCAGAGACAGAUUACACAGAGGCUCUUUUAGCAACUCAACAUGGGCGCUGAGGAAUAAGAUUUCCAGGACCUUUUCAGGAGCAUCCUAUCCACCUGAGCCCAUGGGAAUGCCCUCGGGAGGUCGACACAGGGAGAGUUACGGCAGCUGGCAGCAUCUGAACCGCAACCCCUGUAGUCCGUACAUGGAUGGCAAUCGACAUGGCAACUCUAGAUCCAUCACACAGUUUGACUCCAAUAUGAGUCUGAAUGAGAAGAAAAUCAAGGACAUGGGUCCUGAGUUUAUCAGAAUGGCAGAUGAACCGCUAGUGGUCUUGGAGCUGCCUGGAUCCAUUGUGUCGAAGAAAGUGAAAUCUUCAAAUAUCCAGAGAGAGCUGAGUGUGGUGAUGCCAAACGGUCAGAGCAUCCUGGUGAAAUGUGAGGUGAAAUCCCGAGGACGAGACGUCUUUGACAUGAUAGUCGCUCACUCCAACCUCAUGGAACAUUUCUACUUCGGCCUUGCUUAUACUGAUGAUAAUGAGUUUUUCUUUGUGGACAACGAUACCAAGAUUUCCAAAGUUGCUCCAGACAGCUGGAAGAAAGUGCCUACAACCUCCUUCGUCCUUUACUUCAGGGUCAAAUUCUUUGUCAAUGACAUUUCUCUUCUUUUGCACAAACAGACCCGUCACCAGUAUUACCUCCAGCUCAGGAGGGACCUUUUGGAGGACAGGCUAUCCUGCCAUGAAGAGACUGCUCUCUACCUGGGAGCUCUGGCCCUGCAGGCGGAGUAUGGAGACUGCAUGCCUGAGGUGUACGGUAGGAACUACUACCGCCCUGACCAGUAUGUCUCCAAGAGUGUGAUGGAGAAACGUGCCUUGCCUUACAUUCAGGGGGAGCUGCUACGGCUCCACACCAACAACGCUCAGAUGCUCACCGACGAAUCGGAGCUUGAGUUCCUUAAGGUGUGUCAGCAGUUGCCCGAAUAUGGUGUGUUGUUCCACCGUGUGACACGUGAGAAAAAGCCUUUAGAAGGGGAGCUUAUUCUCGGGGUUUGUGCCAAAGGAGUUACUGUCUAUGAGGUGAAAGGAGGCUGCAGAUCCACCAGUCAGGCUUUCUACUGGAGGGACACAGCGACCAUUUCCUCGAAUAGGCGUAAAUUUGUAAUAGAAACCCGGGGCAGCAAGAAGAAGUAUACCUUUAUCACAGAGAGGUCGAAGAUAGCAGAAUACCUGUGUAACUCCUGUUCAUCCCAGCACAAGUUUAACAAUGAGAUGAACUCUCGUCAGCUCAGCCACAGCCUGGUCUCAGAUACCCCGCCUAAACAGGGGUCAACACCAGAGAGAGAAGUCAUAUGUGUUUCUUUGAAGAAAGACCCAAAGUUUGGCCUGGGUAUAGUGAUAGUGGGAGAGGACACAGUAGGGCGUUAUGACUUAGGGAUUUUUGUGGCCUCCAUUGUGCCUGGUGGACCUGCUGACAAGGAUGGACGAAUACGGACAGGUGGUCGUCUGAUCUCUCUGAACCACAUCAGCCUGGAGGGCGUCACCUUCAGCGAGGCGGCAGAGGUCAUGCAGAACAGCCCCGAGGAGGUGCAGCUCAUUAUCUCACAGUCAAAAGUUUCCCUCAGUCCCAUCAGUAUGCCGUCUCCUGUGUUGAGGAAUCACGAGUCACACACCACAUCGAUGUCAGACGGACGAUCAGGAGACAGCAACCCGGACGACAUCGUCUCGGUCAUGAUGACACCGAAGACUAGCAACAGGCUACAUGUGCCCCCAGAAGUACGCGUCAGUGCGCAGGAUGGUUACUCACAGUAUCCACCUAUAAACAAUGUGAGGCCGGAAGAGAUCACUGUGACGCUCAGGAAGAUAUCAGGAAGUCUGGGCCUCAGCAUCUCGGGAGGCGUCAACACAAACCUUCGUAAUGGAGGAAUCUACAUCAAGAGCCUCGUUGCAGGGGGUGCUGCCGAAAGAGAUGGACAACUUCAUACAGAUGACAGAGUGUUGGAAGUGGAUGGGAUUAGUUUUCAGGGUUUCACCUACCAGCAGGCUGUGGAGUGUCUGUCAAAAACCGGGGAGGUUGUAACCUUGGUGGUUGAGAGGGAAGCGGUGCACCUGCCCAGGGUUUCUCUAAGUGCAGACACUGGCAGUAUCAGUCCACCUACCAGCCAACCGAGGUCUAACAGGUCCUCGUCCAUUAGUACUCCUCCACAAACAGUCCCUGACCGGCCCACAGACUACAGCUUUUCUACUUACGACAACACCCAGGAAGUGACUUUGACCAAGAGUGCCAACGGCCUAGGCUUCAGCUUCCUCAUGUGUGAGCUGGAGCCGCCCACGCGGGACUUUGGCAGUCUGAUACGGAUAAAGCAGCUUUUCCCUGGCCAACCAGCCGAGCAGAGCGGCAGAAUACAAGAGGGAGACAUACUUUUGGCCAUCAAUGGCCAGUCACUCAAAGACCUGUCUUAUCCAAAGGUGCUGAGGCUGUUCAAGACUUCUCCUCCAGAUGUUCAACUGACCCUCUGUCGGCUUGCUCCAGGGAUCCUUCCUUCCAUUGAUCAGUUUACUGUCCCAUGAGUGAGUUAC